AUGGCUGCGACCUGCCGCGAUAGCCAAGGCUGGGGCCCCGCGUCCCCGCUGCGCCCCUUCGACUUUACGCCCUGCUUCGAGGAGGGCAUCCUCUUUUCCACGCUCUCGCUCGUCCUCCUCGUCUCGUCGCUGCUGCGCUGCUGGUCCUUGCGCAACCUCGAGCCGUUGCCUCGCACUCGGCGCAGUCGAUGGAUUCUCUACGCCAAGCUGAUACUCCUCGCGGGCGCAGUGUGCACCAGCGCAGCCACUGCAAUUCUGGUCGUCGCAUCCAAUACACCCGUCGCUGUGCCGCAAUCAUACAUCCUCGAAGCCAUUGCGCUGAUCCCGACGCCCUUCCUCACGCAUGGCAACCACACCCGCACCCGCACCUCGUCCGCCAUCCUCCUCCUCUUCUGGCCCCUCUACAUCGCCCUCUCCCUCGUCUGGGCCCGCUCCGUCCUCGAAGUGAACCUCCACGGCCUCCUCCUCGUCCUCAUCCUGCGCGCCGUCACCGGCGCCCUCGGCACCGUCGCCUUCCUCCUCGAGUGCUUCGGCCCGGGCAAGGACGACGGGCUGGACGAGACGCUGCUCAACCCCAUCAUGCGCGCGAACAUCUUCAGCAGGUGGUACUUUGGCUGGCUCACGCCGCUCAUGAAGAAGGGCGCCGCCCAGUUCAUCACCGAGCGCGACCUGCCCCCGCUGCUCCCGCGCGACCAGUCCACAAAGCUCGGCGAGGACCUGCAGAAGGCUAUGGACAAGCACUCCUCGCUAUGGGUCUCCCUGUUCGUCGCGUACGGCGGGCCCUACGGCCUCGCCGCCCUCCUCAAGAUCGUGCAGGACUGCCUCGCGUUCCUCCAGCCCCAGCUCCUGCGCUGGCUGCUCGUCUACAUCGCUUCCUAUCAGAGUAUACGGACCAACGACAACCCCAACCACCUGAGCAAGGUGCAGGGCUACGCCAUCGCGCUCAUCAUGUUCGCAGCCGCCCUCGCGCAGUCCGUCAUCCUCCAGCAGUACUUCCAACUAUGCUACGAGACGGGCAUGCGCGUGCGCGCGGGGCUCGUGACCGCGAUCUACAAGAAGGCGCUCGUCCUCGCCAACGACGAGCGCAGCCGCUCGUCGGGCGACAUCGUCAACCUCAUGUCCGUCGACGCGACGCGCAUGCAGGACCUGUGCACGUACGGGCUCAUCUCCAUCUCCGGCCCGCUCCAGAUCACGCUGGCGUUCGUGUCGCUGUACAACCUCCUCGGCUGGUCCGCGUUCGUCGGGGUGGCCAUCAUGGUCGUCUCGAUCCCGCUGAACACGUACAUCGCGAGCAUCCUCAAGCGCAUGCAGGAGCAGCAGAUGAAGAACCGGGAUAAGCGCACGCGGUUGAUGAGCGAGCUCCUCGCGAAUAUACGCAGUAUCAAGCUGUAUGCGUGGGAGCAUGCGUUCGUGAGGAAGAUACUGUUCGUGAGGAACGAGGAGGAGCUGAAGAUGCUCCGCAAGAUCGGGGUGGCGACGGCGCUGAACACGACGCUGUGGGGCGGGAUUCCUCUGCUCGUGGCGUUCAGCUCGCUCGCGACGGCGGCGUUCGUCUCUUCGCGCCCGCUCACGUCGGAUAUCAUCUUCCCGUCGAUCUCGCUGUUCAUGCUCCUGCAGUUCCCGCUCGCCAUGUUCAGCCAGGUCACGUCGAACAUCAUCGAAGCGAUGGUCUCCGUGCGCCGCCUCUCGGACUUUCUGCGCGCGGGCGAGCUGCAGCGCGACGCCGUCACGGUCGUCGCCUCGGAGGCCGGCGAGGAGGUGCUGCGCAUCGCGAACGGCGAGUUUGCGUGGAGCCGCGAGGCGCCGAACCCGGUGCUGGAGGGUAUUGAUUUGACGGUGAGGAAGGGCGAGCUGGUGGGCGUGCUGGGGCGGCUGGGGGCUGGGAAGAGCAGCUUGUUGUCGGCGAUUAUCGGGGAUAUGACCCGCGUGGAGGGGGAGGUCGUGGUACAUGGGAACGUGUCGUACGCGCCGCAGAAUCCUUGGAUUAUGAGUGCGAGUAUCAGGGAUAACAUAUUGUUCUCGCACGAGUACGAGGAGGGUUUCUACAAUCUUGUACUGGAUGCUUGUGCGCUGAGGCAGGAUUUGGCGCUGUUCCCUGAUGGCGAUUUGACUGUCGUGGGCGAGAAAGGUAUCACGAUGAGCGGUGGCCAGCGGGCUCGGGUGUCUCUUGCUCGUGCGGUGUAUGCGCGGGCGGAUCUGAUUUUACUGGAUGACGUUCUUGCGGCUGUCGACGCGCAUGUUGCGAGACAUGUCUUUGACCAGGUCAUUGGGCCGAACGGCCUUCUUGCGUCGAAAGCGAGGAUACUCGUCACGAACAGUAUAGCCUUCCUGAAACAUUUUGACCAGAUUGUGUUCAUGCGCCGGGGCAUCAUCCUCGAGAAGGGGACGUAUGCCUCGCUUGCUGGCAAUGAGGACACCGAGAUCGGGAAACUCAUUCGAGGACACACGAGCAGCCUAAGCGCGUCUGGGACCUCCACACCCUUCACUCGCAGCUCCACCCCGAAGAAUGAUGCCAGCGAUGACAUUACCCUCGUCGCGGGCUCGCGGACCAUAGCUGAAAACGAGAAACUCAACGGCGGCGACUACGGCAAGGCGACGCUGGUGAACCGUCCAGUGGCAGACAUGCGACCGGCGGAAGAGCCGUCGAAAGAGCACAUGGAGCGCGGCCGCGUGAAGAAGGACGUGUACCUGCAGUACAUCGCCGCGGCGUCCAAGACGGGCUUUGCGCUCUUCGUGCUCGCGUCGGUCGCGCAGCAGGCGCUGUCGGUCGCCGCGAGCCUGACGCUGCGCGCGUGGGGCGACCAUAACCAGGAGACAGGCUCGAACAGCGGCAUCUCGGUGUACUUGAUGUAUUACGGGCUGUUCUCGCUGUUUUCGGUGGCGGCGGGCGGCGCGGCUGCGAUUCUGAUGUGGGUGUUUUGUGCGUUGCGGAGCGCGAGGCGGUUGCAUGAUUUGAUGCUGCAUUCGGUCAUCCGGGCACCGUUGACCUUCUUCGAACUGACGCCUACUGGCCGGAUUCUCAACCUAUUCUCCCGCGACACCUAUGUUGUGGAUCAGGUGUUGGGCCGAGUCAUCCAAGGUCUAGUUCGAACAAUUACCGGCUGCCUCAGUAUCUUGGCCGUUAUUGGGUUCAGUUUCCCGGCGUUCUUGAUCGUUGUUCCGCCGCUCGCCUAUUUCCACCUGAGCGUCAUGAUAUAUUACCUUGCCACGUCGAGGGAGCUGAAGAGGCUCGACGCAGCAUCUCGAUCCCCGAUCUUCGCUUGGUUCUCGGAGUCACUGAACGGGUUAACGACUAUCAGGGCUUUCGGCCAGCAAUCGAUAUUCAUUACUACAAACGAGCACCGGAUCGACCGCAACCAGAUUUGCUACCUGCCCAGUAUCGCGGUGAACAGAUGGCUGGCUGUCAGAUUGGAAUUUGUGGGAGCUGUUAUUAUCUUGGCAUCAGCUCUGCUGGCGGUGACCGCGCUCAUCACGUCCGGUGUCGAUGCGGGAUUAGUGGGACUUGUGCUCUCGUACUCCCUAAACACUACCAGUUCACUGAACUGGGCCGUGCGAUCGGCCAGUGAGGUUGAACAAAACAUUGUCAGCUGCGAGCGUAUCCUCCAUUACACUCGCCUGCCGUCGGAAGCUCCCGAAGAGAUUCCGGACUCGACUCCGGAGGAUUGGCCUUCGAAAGGCGAGAUUGAAUACCGUAAUUAUUCGGCAAGAUAUAGGCCUGAACUUGACCUGGUCCUGAGAGAUAUUUCCGUUACGAUCAAACCGAAAGAGAAGAUCGGUAUCUGCGGUAGAACGGGCUCUGGGAAGAGUUCGUUGCUGCUUUCGUUAUUCCGUAUUAUCGAGGCUGCAUCCGGGAGUAUCUACAUUGACGGCAUAGACAUUUCGAAGAUUGGCCUGCAUCAGUUGAGGUCGUCAAUCUCAAUCGUUCCACAGUCCCCCGAUCUCUUCGAGGGCACUAUGCGAGAAAACAUCGACCCUACUGGCGCUCACCAAGAUGCCGAUAUUUGGGUGGCAUUGACGCAGACCCAUCUGCGGGAGUACGUGGAGAGCCUCCCCGACAAGCUAGAUUCUCGUGUUACUGAAGGCGGGUUAUCCAUGUCCUCUGGGCAGAGACAGUUACUUUGUUUCGCCCGAGCGUUGUUGCGGAAGACUAAAAUUCUCGUGCUUGACGAAGCAACUUCUGCGGUCGAUCUGGAUACCGACAAAGCUAUCCAAGACAUCAUUCGAGGGCCCCAAUUUGCUGAGGUCACGAUGCUUACUAUCGCUCAUCGCCUCAAUACAAUCCUCGAGUCUGAUCGCGUCCUCGUAUUGGAGGCAGGCCAGGUCGUUGAAUGGGACUCGCCCUCGGCAUUGUUGGCGAAGGAUUCCGUCUUCCGUUCCCUGGCUACUGAAGCAGGCCUAGUAUAAAACUCUAGAGGAAAGACAACAAAAGAUAGACCGUCUGUAUACAAGUACAGCGUAAUGCAGUCUUAAUGAGUUCGUC